CGUAUGUUCAGUGCAUAGAUACACUCAUUCAUUGCAAUAUAUUUUUCUUACUGUGUUUUACAGAAAAGAAUUUUAUUUCAAUGAUUUUAACAACAAAUUAAAAACAAUUUUAUAAAUUUAUCAUCAGAAACUGCAGAACUAAGCAAAUAAAUUUGUAAAAAUGAUGCUUUUUAUGCUAUUGUUUAGCCGUCAAGGCAAGCUACGUUUACAAAAAUGGUACAAUGCCUAUCCGGAUAAGGUUAAGAAGAAGAUAACCCGGGAAUUGGUAACAACAAUUUUGGCCCGUAAACCCAAAAUGUGUUCCUUUCUGGAGUGGAAAGAUUGCAAAAUUGUUUACAAACGCUAUGCCAGUUUAUAUUUUUGCUGUGCAAUUGAACAGAAUGACAAUGAACUGUUAACCCUAGAAAUUAUACACCGCUAUGUGGAGUUGUUGGAUAAAUAUUUUGGCAGCGUCUGUGAAUUGGAUAUAAUUUUCAAUUUUGAAAAGGCAUAUUUCAUACUAGACGAACUAUUAAUUGGCGGUGAAAUACAAGAGACAUCCAAGAAGAAUGUCUUAAAAGCGAUUGCAUCUCAGGAUCUUUUGCAAGAGGAUGAAACUCCUCAGGGAUUCUUUGAUGAUCAUGGUCUCGGAUAAAAUGUAUCUACACCUUUUGGGUACUCUGUAUAUGUGUGUUAGUACAACAAAUGUAAUAGAAACCUAAAUUCUGUCCUUACAAAAGAAAAUUUCAAAAAAGCCAAAAAAAAACAACAUAUUUUUGAAAUUUUUUUUUUUAAAUCUCCUGUCGACCCUCCCCCAAUUACAGAAAAAAAAAACAUUUACACCAAUCAAACAUUUAAGGAGUGCUUUUAUACAACAACAACAACAACAAAACUAUAUACAUAUAUCUCCAUGUAUUCUUUAUAUAAAUAAAUGUACCAACCACCAACCUUAAAAAUAAUAUCAAUGAACACCCCCAGAGCUACAUAACAUAUAAUUUGUUGUAUAAAUAUAUCCAAUAAGUAUCUACUUGUGUAUGUGUGCGUAGUAUUAUUAACUAAAGAAGAAAAAAAAACACAAAACAAAGAAAAUGGCCUUAAUUCUACUUAAGUUUUAAACGAUUUUAUAAUUUAUAUAUAUUUUUAUUAAUUUUGUUUUUGUAAUUCAUUCAUGUAGCACAAAACAAAAAAAAAAAAAGAGAACACAAAAAAAAGACACAGCCGAAAAACGAAUUGAUUGGAUCCUUGUUAGUUUUAGUUGUAUUUUUCAUUAAAAAAAACACAAUUUUCUCAUUUUCAUUCCAAAAAAAGUUUUAUAUAUAAUAUAAUUGUGUGUAUAGCCACAUACUAAUGAUUAUUACAAAAAAGAAAACUAUAUAAAAUUUAUUAUAAUAAAUAUUUGCUCAAUACAAA